AUGUCGACUCCUCAAACCGCUACCGCUACCCUUGCCUCGAACCACUACCAAUCCCAUCAGUAUCUUCCAGCCAUGACCGACUACUCGUAUCCCCCACAACCAUAUGCCAACGGCUAUCCUCCACCAUCACGGCCUGUCAAUACCAACACUACAACUGCCGCUCCUGCGCCUUAUCCCGCUCCACCCUCGACUGCCGCCUCUUCAAACGGCACUGCAGCCAAGAGAUCGAGAAAUCAACCCGUUGACUGGAAUGAAUUCUUUGGCGGCAAGCCUCCCAAAGAAAUCAUAGUCAUUGACGAUGAUGAUGACGAAGAAGCGCCCGCUGCCAACCACGCAUAUCAAAACCCCGCCGCUCCCGCCAGCACAACCCAGCAACACACGGACAAGCGCAGAAAGACAACAAACUACGACCCCGUCUACCACCAUGCCGAGUACUCCAACACUCACACACCUUACUAUGACGCCGCCUCAACCGACCAGAAUUCUACAUCAUACAAAACGUCGGCUGCCACAUCCCUAGCCUCGCAACCAAGUGCGAGCGCCUACACCGAAGAUGCUGCCACCGGCCAGAAACGCAAGAGGACCACCCGUCAGGCUGCUGCCGACCAAAAGAAGCGCGAAGUCAUCACUCGUCCCGAUCCCUUCGCCGAGUAUGUUCCUCCACCCAAGCCACCGCUCAAGGCCAAGGAUGUCUUUGUGCCCUUGGUGCCAGAUGUAUGUUUAGCCAAUGCCUGUUCAAGUGCUUCAUUUGCUGACACAGACUCGAUCGUGAAACUCCUCGGUCAAGGCACGUUCGGCAAGGUUGUGCAAGCCUUCGACCGCAGGAGAAAUGCCGAUGUGGCCAUCAAGAUCAUUCGUUCUGUGCAGAAAUACCGCGAUGCUAGUCGCAUCGAGUUGAGGGUCUUGUCGACUCUGGCCUGCAACGACAAGCACAACCGCAACAAGUGUAUCCACCUGCGAGACACGUUUGACUUCCGCAACCACAUCUGCAUUGUCACCGACCUCUUGGGCCAGAGCGUCUUUGACUUCCUCAAGAGCAACACCUUUGUACCAUUUCCCAGCACUCACAUUCAGCAAUUUGCUCGCCAGCUCUUUACGAGCAACAUUCUCCUUGUACAGAACCACUACCAAACCUUCACAUAUAACCGCAACAUCCCCUCGUCGUCAAACACAAAUCCUCGCUCGGCAAAGUUCCGCAGGGUCUUGCUGGAUCCCGAAAUUAGACUCAUCGACUUUGGUUCAGCCACCUUCGACGACGAGUACCACUCGUCUGUUGUCUCGACCCGACACUACCGUGCCCCCGAGAUUAUACUCAACCUUGGAUGGAGCUUCCCUUGCGAUAUCUGGAGCAUAGGUUGUAUUCUUGUUGAGUUCUUCACCGGCGACGCCUUAUUCCAGACGCACGAUAACUUGGAGCAUCUGGCAAUGAUGGAGGCCGUGUGCAAUACCCCUAUCGACAAAGCCCUUGUCCGUCAAGUCACCUCUGGCCGUGGCAGCAACAAAAACUCUGCUGCAGCUUACUUCAGACGUCAACAACUCGAUUACCCUCAGAGCGACACUCCCCGCUCGUCUCGCAAGUUUGUCAAGGCGAUGAAACCUCUUCAUGAGAUUAUACCAGCCCACAACGAGUUCAACCGCAAGUUCCUUGACCUGCUCAAGAAGAUCUUUGUCUAUGACCCAAAGAAGCGUAUCACAGCACACCAAGCUCUGCAGCAUGAUUGGUUCAAAGAACACUACGAAGACGACGGCACCGAAGCCGAAAAGAUCAAGAUUGAGAGACAACGUGCCGCUCGUGUCGAAUCUCAGCGAAGUCAACAGCACGAUUCACAGGUCGGCCAGCUCAAUCGGUGA